AUGUCCUGUAUCAACAAAUUCAACAACGAAGCAGUGGCCCUUGUCAUGAACAACCGUCAUCCAAGAGCGAUUCAAAAGUUCCAUGAGGCUCUCGUUCAAAUGAGAGGGGUCAUGAGGGCUUUCCCUAAAGAUCUCUCUGCCCCUAGCUACGUAGCGUCACGUCCUAAAACCGCACCACGCCAUCAUGUCGUGAUAUUGCCCUCUCAAGCCGAUCAUCAAAGCAAAAGAGAAGACAUGUUCCUGUAUCUCAAUCCCAUACUCUUGGAUGAACCAACUAACCUGCAUCCAUCAACUUUGGCACUCUACUGCGCUGUUACUCUUUUCAACGUUGCCAUUCUCUACCACAUCGAAGGUGUGGCGAAGGGAAGGAUGCGCUUCUUGGACAAAGCACAGCAGAUGUACCAAGCAAGCCUUCACUUCUUGAACGGCCAAGGUCUCUGGAACGACACUGUUUUUCUGCUGAGCCUCGCUGCUCACAACAACCUGGCUCAUAUUGAGUUGGAGAAAGGAACAGUAGAAGCCUCAAACGGCCACCUUGGUCAUGCAUUCGAACUACUCCAAAGCAUCAAGGAGAGAGCACUUGACAUCUUAUCAGAUAGUGAGCUUCAUGGCUUCUUGCUGAAUUCCUCGCUUCAAGGGAGGAUUUCUUCGGCUGCUGCAGCCUAG